GCCGGGGAAAAGGCGCGAAUGGCUGUCAGCGCCAAGCGGAGUGUGAGGAACUGGUGAGGACGCGUCGGGGCCGAGGUCGACCCGACCCAGCUGCGAAGGCGUGGGGGGACCAGGGUAUUUUGGAGCUGAAGGAUGGACUUCUCUGUGGUUACUCUUGGAGAUGUGCAAAACGUACUUUCAGCUAUGCAGAAGAAUUUGGAAUGCCCAAUAUGUUUGGAAGUGAUAAAAGAGCCAGUCUCAACAAAAUGUGACCACAUAUUCUGCAGAUUAUGUAUGUUUAAACUUCUCAGCAAAAAGAAAAAAAGUCUGGUACAGUGUCCACUGUGUAAAACUGAAGUUACCAAAAGAAGUCUGCAGGAAAAUUCCAGAUUUAAGCAACUAAUUGAAGGACUGUUGAAAACGAUCCAUGCUUUUGAACUUGACUCUGGAGUGAAAUUUUUAAACCAUCAGGAUUUUUCUAAAAAACCCAUAGAAACCAAUUCUGCUGACACCCUCCAUAAAGAAAGUUGUGUCAUCCAAAGUAAGGGCUACAGAAACAGACAAAAAAAAGUUAAAGAAAAUGGACAAGAAAAUCUUACCCUGCAGGGAACUAUCACUGGUGUACAGCUUUCAGGCAACAUGGUGAAGUGGAGUUCCCCAAGAAACAAAAGGAGAAAACUGGAAUCUGAUAAAAUAAUGUACAUUGAAUUUGGUUCUGAUUCUUCUGAAGAUCUCUUUAAAAAGGCAGGUGGUAGCAGGGUUCAAGACAAAGAAAUGUUUCAGACUCCACCUGAAAAGCUUGAAGAAGAACUGAAGUAUGCUGAGAAUGAAAGUCCACACAACAUGCAAGUUACCAACCUAGGUGGAAGAGAAAUACUUCUUUCAGACUUCAGAGGUGAAUGUGAUUUCUCAGAGGAAGGCUUAGGAAGCAGUGAAAUCAUUCAAAAUAUCAGUGAAGACUUCCAAGCUGCUCAAGUGAAUUUGGCUGAAGAGCAUUUAAAGAAUAAUCUCUGCAUUUCUGCCUCAAACGUGCAUGCAGAGCCAUGUGACAGAACAGCCAAUGCUACAUCUCCACAGAAAAAGGACAGUAGUUUAUUCAGCAGUGGAGAAGAAAUGAGUUCAGUGGGAGCUCUGUGCAUCAGUAAAAGUGAAGAGCCUGGUUCACAGCACAGCCCUAAAAGCCAAUUGAAUAAAAACAAGGAAACAACUAGUGCUGUACAGCAUGUAAAAACUUCUGAAACAUGUGAACAAAAGUGUGACUCCUUACAUGAAGACAUUUCUUCUCUGGAGCAGUUACUGCAGCCUGAAGCUAUGCCCACUGAUACUUUGAGCCAAGUUUCUAAGAAAAGACUGAAGAAAAGCAUUCAAAAAGUCAAUGAUUGGUUUUCAAAAAGCAGUGAAGUGCUCUCUUGUUCCCCUCAGGAUGCUGGGGCAGCUGACAUAGAAGAGGAAGGUUCAUGUUUGUCAGACAGAGAUUCCUCUAUUUCGGGGAAGACUGACAUAAUGGUAAACUGCUUGGAAGUUGCAGUGGAAUGUGAAAAUGAAAAGAGUUUGUCAAAACCCAGUGUGCAUAGCAUUGAAAAUAAAAUAUUUGGGAAAACUUAUCAGAGAGAUAGAAAGUCAAAUCGGCAUGUUAAUCUUGGAGUAGUACCCCAGAUUACAGAAGUGGAAGAUGUUACUUCUGAUGUGCAGCACUUGGAUAAUUCCAGAAAUGACAGAUUAAAGCGAAAAAGAAAGACUGUCUGUGGUCUGCAACCUGGAGACUUCAUCAAGAAAAGAGAUGCAAAGGUUGUAGAUGAGCAUGAUUGCCUUGUUCCUGCGAGGGGAAAAGCUGGUGAUUCUUCUGUUGUUGGGGGAGAUCCAGUUUGUGAGAAAAAAAGGGAAAAUACCUCAGCAGAACUGCCUCUCGAGAAAGGAGAAUUCAUCUUUAAAAAUGAUGUUGAGAAGGUAAUUGGUGACUGCACUGAUGGAGAGCCAGAAUUAAAGGACUGUGACCAAAGGAAUGCUAAAAAAAGAUGUAGCUCUCUAAUGGAGAGAAACAGACAUUCAGCCAGAACCAAGCAUACUCUACAGCUGGUAGUGAACAGAAACUCAAGUUCUCCUCAUCAGACUGAGCUGCAGAUUGAUAGCUACCCAAGUAGUGAAGAAUCAAAAAAAGAUUCUGAACAGAGACAAGUUAGGCGCAGCAGAAGGCUUCAGUUACUGACUGGGGAAAUGACGAAAGAAACCAGGAGAAGAGAUGAGCCAAAUGAAACAUCAAGAAGGCAAGCCGAUAAAAAUGAUAGUUUUUCUUCUGGAUUCCAGAGAACUGUCUUGGUCCAUGCCCCUAAAUGCAAAGACCAGGCUGAACUGCAGGAUAUAUUGAACCAUAGGGUACCUUUGUCAGACUAUAAUUUGAAAGGUACUAACCUUGAAGCAAACAAGGUACACGGUAGUCCUGAAACCUCUUUUACCAUUAUGGAAAUUGAAAAAGAUUCCUCAAAUCCCCCACUACUACAACUUCAGGAAGCAAAUGCUUGUUCUCUGUUGGCCAGUGCAGACACUCAAGACAGCCAUUCACUCCUGCAGCCAUGUUCCAUGAAUGUUGAGCAAACUGCUGGCCCAGUACUAAAUUCAUCUGAAACUAAGCAGUGCACAGCUACAGAACCCAACAAGAGCAAGUUACAUGCUUGUUCACCCAAGGACAAUGGAUGUUAUACAAGAUAUGAUCCAGAAAACUUCAAAAAACAAAAGAUGACUGAAGCGAAAAGCAUUUUAGAGUUGAACACAGAAACUGAAGAUAGUGAGUUAGAUGUACAGUACCUCCGUAAUAUGUUUAGACAUACAAAACGAUUGUCAUUUACUCUUCAUUCUGGUCUAGUGAAGGAAUCUGCAAUAGAAAACACUGCUUCUGAAGCUGAAGGGAAGAUGAGUACUAACCAGAUAGAAUACAGAUAUAACAGCAGAGAUUUAAAAAAUGAUCCUAUGCAUUUAAAAAAACCAUCUGUAGGUCUGACUGGAGUCGAUGAGAGAGAGUCUAAAACCUGCCAAACAGCUAAAGAUGUCUCUGGAAAUGAUACUGAAUGCAGACACAUUAGGGAGCAUGGUUCAAAUGCUUCACAAGUACAAAGUCAAGAACAACUUUUGUCUUCAGCGAGGUUAUUUGGUGCCAAAAUUAAAGAUAAGAGCAGACUGCAAAAAAGAAAACAGCCAGCUGAAAAGACAGUGUCCUCCAAACUAGUGAGAGAAAGUGAGUUAAAUUUGGACCUAAACCAAUAUAAUAGAAGUCUAAGUGAUCGGAAUAAUACAGAAGAGCCCAUUUUCCAAGGAACUGGUUUAAGCAUAAUUAACGAAACAGGCUCCAGUUCAGAAAGCAAUCAAGCAGAAAAAACUGAAGUAGCUGAAAACAAACAGCCAGUAUUAAAUGUUCAGCCUGAAUCUAUGCUGAAUUGUCUAGCAGUUUGUCAACAAAGUCCUGCUGAAUUUAGUUGCAAAGUCUCAGAAAAGAAAUGUAGUGAGGGGGAGGGCAAACAAGUAAAGAGUGAUAAAGAACAAAUAAACCAAGUUGCCAACAUAGGGGUACCUGAGUGUUUAAUUUCAGAAGAGGCUCUGGAGCAACCCAUUGAGGACACCAGUGGUUUUCCAGCACUAUCUGAGACCCCUGAUGACUUAGUGUUUUCUGCUGAAGACCUUAAAGGUAAUAACAGCUUUUGUGAUGCUGACAGGAAAGACAUUUCUGCUGUGUUUGUUAAAGCAGAUGAGAAUGCCCUGGUAAGAGGCAUCAAUAGUGACAGCAGUAGCUCUAAGUCUAGGUCUCAGAGCUUUGUUCAGAGAUCUCAAAGAGUGGUGCAGAAACUACAGUCCUCUGAAGAGGAUUCUAAUGAGGAUGAAGACCUACCAUGUUUUCAGGCAUUAAUAUUUGGCAAGUCAUCAAGCACACACACUCAAUCCCAAAAACAGAAGAUGUCUGUGAGAAGAUGUUCAAAUCCCUCAGCACAGAUGUUAGCACUGCAAAGUAGCAGCAGUGGCAGUGACAAAGUUGUACAGAAGAUGCCUGAGGCCACCUUAAAAGAGGUGUGUGUUUCUCCAAGCCAAGAAUCUGAAUGCUCUGUUAGCUUAUUUUCUUCCCAGUCCAACAUGUCAGAAGAUUCAGCUAACAGACCAGAAGACUUGAGGCUAGUCCCUAGUACCAAAGAGAAGAAAAACUUCAGUGAAGGCAAAGAAGCUAGUCCACAUGAAAAUGAAGAGCUGAAAGGAAGAAAAAAAUCUUUGCAAGAUGAACACCAGGGAGACCCAAAUUUGGAAUUAAAUAUAGGUGAGCCAUCUGGAUAUGAUAGUGAAGCCAGUCAUCUAGGAGAUUCAUAUGGAUUAUCCUCUCAGAGCGAGAUUCUUACUACACAGCAGAAAAAUGACAUGCAAAACAACUUAAAAAAACUUCAGCAGGAAAUGGCUGUGCUUGAAGCAGUGCUAGAACAGCAUGGAAGUCAGGGCUCUGAAUUGCCAUGUUCCAGUGUGGAAGGAGCAACUGCAACGGGACUGAUGAUAACAGCAAGAGGAGCAAUGUUAACUUCAGAAGCAGAUCUCAACAAUCGCAAAAUCUGUAGUUCAGUAGGACUUCCACGUGAUGAAUUCCAUGGAAUGCCAAAUCAUUGUUUCAACAGUAACAGCAAAGGACUAGAAGAGGAAAGGUCUUCAGCUUCACUUCUUUCCACCUCUAAAUCUCACUUAUUGAAUAAGGAAGCUCGGCAACAUAGCUUUCCAAAGACUCUUGCACUGGAACCCAACACUCCUUCUCAAGAAGGAAAGUCCCAACAAGGUGAUGUGGCACUGCUGCUAGUACAAGAGGCAGAGGAACAGUGUAAUCAGUACAGGAAAGAACCAGAAAAUGCAACAGAGCAGAAGUCUGAAACAAAACUAAACAGUGCUGCUAUCCUCUCCAGUCCUUGUGGAAACAUGAGCAGGAUUCCAAACAGCUCCCCCUUGAAGUUUCUUAAAAGGCUUUCCCAAAGCCAAACUGCAGAAGCAACAAAUGGUUCUGCCAUACCUUGCAAUAUUGAUGAUAGGAAGAAUACUCAGGGAUGUGAACUGGAGAGGAGAGUAUUUGCCUCUGCACAUGUUCCACACCAUAGAGCUGGAAAAGAAAAUGCCAAAAGCCCAGUUGUGCUCAGCAGGAAAAAAAUGUCAAUUGUAGCAUCGGGUCUCAACCAGCAUGAAUUUUUACUGGUGCAGAAGUUUGCCUGGAAAACCCAGAGCACUUUAUCUAAUCAAAUCACUGAAGGAACAACCCAUGUCAUAAUGAAAACAGAUAUGGAUCUAGUGUGUGAGCGUACACUAAAGUACUUUUUGGGCAUCGCAGGAAGAAAAUGGGUGGUUAGCUAUCAGUGGGUUAUUCAAUCUUUUAAGGAAAGAAGAAUACUUUAUGAGUCAGACUUUGAAGUGAGAGGAGAUGUAAUCAAUGGGAGAAACCACCAAGGUCCUAAGAGAGCUAGACAGUCCCAGGCUGGAAAGCUCUUCAAAGACUUUGAGAUCUGCUGCUAUGGGCCUUUCAUGGAUAUGAACACAGAAAAUUUAGAGUGGAUGGUAGAGCUUUGUGGUGCCUCUGUGGUGACUCAGCUUCAUCUAUUCACUCAUAAGGCAAAACAUACUGCAGUAGUCAUUGUGCAGCCAGAUGCUUGGGUGGAAGACACAGGCUACAGAACAAUUCAGCAGAAGUGCAGUGCUACUGUGGUGACCAGAGAGUGGGUGUUAGACAGUGUUGCAUGCUAUGAGCGCCAGGAGUUUGAUGCCUACCUUGUGUCCCAGGAAUAAAGAUGAUGUCCUGUUCCCAUUGCUCAGACAUCCCUGUCAAUGAAGGCAUUUCAGCAUGGAUUUUAAGGACCAGGGGUUUUUAGAAUCCUUGUACCAUGUAUCUUUAAUAAUGUUGUAUCAAUAUAUCAAGAUUAUCCAGUUUCACUUAAAUCAGCUUUAAAAUUGUUUAAACCAUUUUUACUGUGCAAAGGCAGAAUUAAGUGUUACUCUUUAACAAAUGUAAAACUUCCAGCUUUAAAAUAGUCCUUUAAAAUUUAUCUUAAAAAGGCAAUAAACAAAUUUGACAUUUAAUGUGAUUUAAAGCUAGACCUCCAAAUAGAAAUGCUGGUGCAUUAUUCACCAUCCCAGCUGAUUCAUGCCUAUUUAUCUCAGGACCUUUUUGGAGCCACAGUCAUUCACAAGAGUUAUAUGGAGCUUGGGGCUUGAAUUAACUCAGCUGUACAAGUGCAGUUUCUCAGUGAUUUUCUUGUUUGCAUAAAUACCCACUGUAUAAAGGAAUUUGCUUAUAUGAACACAUCCAUCACAAAACUAUUAUUUCAGUACAUCUCAGCUUAUUUAAUUCUGAAUCCUGAAUUCUGAAAAAGCUGUUUGAAAACUAUUUAAAGAGGUCUAGGUUGGUACUUAACACAGAAUAUUUUUCUCUCCUGAAUUGUCAUCCCUAAGUAAGCAUCCAAAAAAAGCCAGUUAGGCUAAGUCACCAACACAUUAAAGCAAGUCAUCCUUAACCCAACAAAACAUCCUCAAGCUAGUGACUACUCUGUUAAUCCUAGUUCAGUAGAGUAUUUAUAGCAUCCUGACACUGCUGAUUAAAUAGAUUUGCUCUUACUUCCCUGCUACCUAAAACAAAUCCUAAAACCUCUCUUUGAUUCUAAUACUUCAUGUCUGCAGAAUAAGAGUCCACCAAGAGAAAAUAUAUUGCUUUUCAUUCAAAAUAAUAUAUUGCUGCUGCUUGUUGCAAACAAUCCAGCUUCAUAAACAAUUUUGUACUUUCAGAACAGAAAAAGAAACUGUUUUCAUAAAGUUGCAGUUUCAAAAAUAGUUUAUAACUGAGUUUGAAGAACUGUUUGAUACAAUGGCCUGCAGUAGGUUAGGUUGGCCUAGAAUAUUUGUAUAAAGUGUCUUUGCUAAAUGUUAGAAUACUUAAAGCAAAUAAAUACGAUUGGCAAGUA